AUGGAUGUCAAGACCGGCUCCAGCGGGCUGGCCGUGUACUGGGGCCAGAACUCGUUGUCGCUGCAGACGGGCACCAACGAAAUGGAUCUGGACAAGUAUUGCACGCAGAACAGCCCACCGGACAUCAUCCUGCUCUCCUUUCACCACGUCUACACCAGCAAUCCGACAAUAAAUCUCGCCUACCACUGCGAGGAGCCGUUCUCGGGCUCCUCAAUGCUCAACUGCACGUUCAUGGCGUCACAGAUCAAGACAUGCCAGGAUGCCGGCGUCAAGAUCCUGAUUUCGAUGGGCGGGGCAGCGGGCUCGUACAGCCUGAGCAGCAACUCCGUCGGAGAGGACUAUGCACAGACUGUCUACAACACAUUCCUAGGCGGCACCACCAAGUUCCGGCCGUUCGGCGAGGCUGUGCUGGAUGGCGUCGACCUGGACAUCGAGGGGGGCGGGCCGUCGGGCUACGCUGCGUUCACAAACAAAAUCCACGAGCUGGCGCCCAGCACCCUGAUUACCGGUGCCCCGCAGUGUCCGUACCCGGACGCCCAUCUGGCCGAUGCCCUGGAGAGCGGCUGGUUCGACAUCGUCUUUGUGCAGUUCUACAAUAACUACUGCAUGGCGGGCUCCAGCAACUUCAACUUCGACACGUGGGCGGACUGGGCUACAUCCAAGUCCAAGAACUCUGCAGUCAAGGUCUAUAUUGGGUCGCCAGCAUGCGAAAAAUGUGCGUCCACUGGGUACAUUGGCGUGGACAAGCUCGGCCAGGUGUACCAGGACACGCUGUCAAAGUACAGCAAUGUGCUGGGUGGCAUUAUGCUGUGGGAUGCUGGAGCCGCAUAC